UGGGCCUAGUUUCCACCUGGUACUUAGCCUAUUCCAUUCCUCACAGACCAAAGGACUUCCUCGCUCCUUAUAUGGCUGACCCGCUCAGUGGAGACGUCAGAGGCACACCCGUCUUGUCCAAGCACAUUAUCCCAUUCUCUACAGGACACGUCCAGCCAUCAUCAAAAACCCGCUUUCUCUCGCUGUUGUCUUUCCUUUCACCGAUAACUCCUAACUCAUUGGAAUAGCACGAGCCACGGUGCCGCUGUUUUCAUGAACCCGGUUCUAGUUUCUGCGUCACCGCCUCAGCUCCGUACAACACGGGAUAUCUGAUUAGUGUGCCCGGUUUUACCGGAAUUAGAGAAUGACUCACAUUUUGGAAAAGAGAUUGCUUUGCCUCCAGUGUGGAUUUUGACUGGAUUGCGUGUGUGUUUUAAUGUGUGUGUUUCUGAUGGUGGAUCACUUCUCUGGACCGAGCUAUUUAGAAAUGGUACUUUAAUUUGCUGAGUGACUAUAUUCAGUCAGAUUGUUCACGCAUUUAUCCAGCACCGGCGCUUUACAUACUGCUAUGCUUUAUGCUUCUUAAGUACUGAAUAGAAUGGUGCAAUAAUUUUGUAUUUAUAUAUUUGUGCCUUUACUUGUCGACACCCGCGGGCAGCACACUGGGGUGACAACGAAACGGAACGUUUUGGAAACAUUAACGGAUAGAUAUGGCAAUGGUAACGUGGAGAAACGGCGAGGAAAAUAUCGCCCGCGACUCUCAAGGCGGAAUCUCUUCCCCCGUCUCUCAAGUCGGACCGUUAUCCCUCUCUACCGACCUAACGGGACACCUCAAUCCCAUACCCUCUCUGGAUAUCCACUCGACACAUCAGACACCCCAAGGCGCUCAUUCAAGCAAUACAUCUCAAUCUAUCACUAGUCAAACGUCGACUAACUCCGUGGACAAACAACAGCUUCAGCAGAUCGAGUGUGUGGUGUGCGGGGAUAAAUCCAGCGGGAAGCAUUACGGCCAGUUCACAUGUGAGGGGUGUAAGAGCUUCUUCAAACGGAGCGUCAGGCGAAACCUCAGCUACACCUGCCGCGCUAGUAGGAACUGUCCCAUUGAUCAACACCACAGGAAUCAAUGCCAGUACUGCAGACUCAAGAAAUGUGUCAAAGUGGGAAUGCGGAGAGAAGCGGUUCAGAGAGGAAGGAUGCUCCCAUCUCAACCGUACCACGGUCAGUUCUCCAUAACCAACGGAGACCCUCUCCAAUGCCACUCCUACCUAUCUGGAUACAUCUCGCUGCUCAUGCGAGCCGAGCCCUACCCCACAUCCAGAUACAGCACGCAGAGUAUGCAGUCCAACAACGUCAUGGGAAUGGAGAACAUCUGCGAGCUGGCCGCCCGGAUGCUGUUCUCUGCGGUGGAAUGGGCCCGAAACAUCCCCUUCUUCCCCGACCUCCAGAUCACCGACCAGGUCGCCUUGCUCCGACUCACUUGGAGCGAGUUGUUCGUGUUGAACGCGGCCCAAUGCUCAAUGCCUGUGCAUGUGGCUCCUCUCCUGGCUGCGGCGGGGCUACACGCCGCCCCCAUGUCGGCGGAGAGAGUCGUGUCUUUCAUGGACCAUAUCCGGAUCUUCCAGGAGCAAGUGGAGAAGCUGAAGGUUCUGCAUGUUGACUCAGCCGAGUACAGCUGUAUUAAGGCUAUUGUUCUCUUUACGUCAGAUGCGUGCGGUCUGUCAGACGUGACUCACGUGGACGACCUUCAGGAGAAGUCCCAGUGCGCCCUGGACGGGUACAUCAGGAACCAGUAUCCAAACCAACCGAACCGGUUCGGGAAGCUAUUACUCCGUCUGCCCUCUCUACGCACCGUCUCCUCGUCCGUUAUAGAACAGUUAUUCUUCAUCCGGUUGGUCGGAAAAACACCAAUAGAAACUCUCAUUAGGGAUAUGUUGCUUUCAGGAAGCAGUUUUAAUUGGCCUUACAUGUCGAUGCAGUAGAAUAAGAACAUUCUAGAAUACUCCAGGAAUGGAAUCAUAGAACUAGAAUUGUUCUAUGGAUGGAACCUUUGCUGCCUGUUCCUCUGACAGUAUCUUUCUAAAGCACCUUUAUCUGUUACUGUACCACCAGCUAAAUGUGGCUCUGUCCAGAGUACCCCUGGAGUACCCCCUCAUUCUAAAGCAGUGGUUCACAACCUUUAUCUGUUACUGUACCACCAGCUAAAUGUGGCUCUGCCCAGAGUACCCCUGGAGUACCCCCUCAUUCUAAAGCAGUGGUUCACAACCUUUAUCUGUUACUGUACCACCAGCUAAAUGUGGCUCUGCCCAGAGUACCCCUGGAGUACCCCCUCAUUCUAAAGCAGUGGUUCACAACCUUUAUCUGUUACUGUACCACCAGCUAAAUGUUGCUCUGCCCAGAGUACCCCUGGAGUAUUUUACCAGUAGGCCUAUGGUCCCAUCAGUCUUCUCAAGUACCCCCUGAGGACAGGUCAAGUACCCCCAGGAGUCCUAGUACCCCCUGAGGACAGGCCAAGUACCCCCUGAGGACAGGUCAAGUACCCCCAGGAGUCCUAGUACCCCCUGAGGACAGGCCAAGUACCCCCAGGAGUCCUAGUACCGCCUGAGGACAGGCCAAGUACCCCCUGAGGACAGGCCAAGUAUCCCCAGGAGUCCUAGUACCCCCUGAGGACAUGCCAAGUACCCCCAGGAGUCCUAGUACCCCCUGAGGACAGGCCAAGUACCCCCAGGAGUCCUAGUACCCUAGUACCCCCUGAGGAUAGGCCAAGUACCCCCAGGAGUCCUAGUACCCCCAGGAGUCCUAGUACCCCCAGGAGUCCUAGUACCCUAGUACCCCCUGAGGAUAGGCCAAGUACCCCCAGGAGUCCUAGUACCCCCUGAGGACAGGCCAAGUACCCCCAGGAGUCCUAGUACCCCCAGGAGUCCUAGUACCCCCAGGAGUCCUAGUACCCUAGUACCCCCUGAGGAUAGGCCUAGUACCCCCAGGAGUCCUAGUACCCCCUGAGGACAGGCCAAGUACCCCCAGGAGUCCUAGUACCCUAGUACCCCCUGAGGAUAGGCCAAGUACCCCCAGGAGUCCUAGUACCCCCAGGAGUCCUAGUACCCCCAGGAGUCCUAGUACCCUAGUACCCCCUGAGGAUAGGCCAAGUACCCCCAGGAGUCCUAGUACCCUAGUACCCCCUGAGGACAGGCCAAGUACCCCCAGGAGUCCUAGUACCCCCAGGAGUCCAAGUACCCCCAGGAGUCCUAGUACCCUAGUACCCCCUGAGGAUAGGCCAAGUACCCCCAGGAGUCCUAGUACCCCCAGGAGUCCUAGUACCCCCAGGAGUCCUAGUACCCUAGUACCCCCUGAGGAUAGGCCAAGUACCCCCAGGAGUCCUAGUACCCCCAGGAGUCCUAGUACCCCCUGAGGACAGGCCUAGUACCCCCAGGAGUCCUAGUACCCCCUGAGGACAGGCCUAGUACCCCCAGGAGUCCUAGUACCCUAGUACCCCCUGAGGAUAGGCCUAGUACCCCCAGGAGUCCUAGUACCCCCAGGAGUCCUAGUACCCCCAGGAGUCCUAGUACCCUAGUACCCCCUGAGGAUAGGCCUAGUACCCCCAGGAGUCCUAGUACCCCCUGAGGAUAGGCCUAGUACCCCCAGGAGUCCUAGUACCCCCAGGAGUCCUAGUACCCUAGUACCCCCAGG